GCUGCUGCUGCCCGAGCUUCUCGCUCCCUCCCGCCGCCCCUAGCUGCGAAACUCCAGUUCCACCCCCGGGCCUGGCGCCCGCCGGACCCGCGCCUGGGCGAGGGCCCGGCGGAGGCGCGGGGGGACCCCGGCCCUCCUUCCUCCGGCAGCGCAUGCCCUCCCUGCCCCGGGAGACGCCUCCGCAGCCCCACGGACCCCCCGGCGAGGGCCGGGACGCCUCUGCCCCCACGGGCCCGCCGCGUGUGACCGGCUUGGACGAGCGCCGGUCCGCGUGGAGACGCUGCCCCGCAGCCGCCUUCGCCGCGGCAGCUAGAGCUUGACCCUCCGCCCGCCUGCCCUCCGCGUGCGGCGCGCCCCAUAUACCGUUGCCCUUGCCCGGCGGCGGCGAGGGGAGAAGCCCGGGCGUGGAGGGCGCCCCGUCGUAGCCACCCCACCAUGUCCAGCGAGGAGAGCUACCUCGCCAUCCUGCGCUACCUGACCAACGAGCGGGAGCCCUACGCACCGGGGACGGAGGGCAAUGCCAAGCGCAAGAUCCGCAAGGCAGCCGCCUGCUACGUGGUGCGCGGCGGCACCCUUUACUAUCAGCGGCGGCAGCGCGACCAGCAGCGUUUCGCCGAGCUGGAGGUGGUGCUGCAGGCCGAGCGCCGCGCCCGGCUCAUUCGCGCCGCGCACCUGGCGCCAGACGGCGCGCACCGCACCCGCCUGCAGACCUGGCAGGGGCUCUCGCAGAAGUACUGGUGGCGAGGUAUUCUUAAGCAGGUUAAAGAUUACAUUAAAGAAUGCAGCAAGUGCCAGGAAAAGCUAGAUCGCUCUAGAUCUCUGUCAGAUCCUUCUGAAAUGCUGGAGGAACUAGGACUGGAUACAAAAUCUCAUGAAGACAGUAACGAAACAGAUGAUGAAUUGAGCAAUACGUCAUCAAUUCCAGCUGCAUCCCCAAAGCCUGUGAAGAAGAAGCCAAUAGCAAAGCAUGAGCUUGUGUUUGUUGACAGUAAGGGCCUUGUGAAGCAGUCAUCUUCCAAACAUUGUCUGUCAGUCUUAAACCAACUGAAUCAGCAGAGGCUUUCCAAUCAGUUCUGUGAUGUGACUCUGCUGAUUGAAGGAGAGGAGUACAAAGCUCACAAAUCUGUCUUGGCAGCCAACAGCGAGUACUUCCGAGAGCUCUUCAUUGAAAAGGGAGCUGUCUCUAGUCAUGAAGCUGUAGUGGAUCUGUCAGGGUUCUGCAAGUCCAGUUUCCUGCCUCUCUUGGAAUUCGCUUAUACUUCAGAACUAACUUUUGACUUCUGCAGUAUGGCAGAAGUAGCCAUGCUUGCCCGGCAUCUCUUCAUGUCAGAGGUCCUUGAAAUCUGUGAACAUGUGCACAAACAGAUGGAAGAUAAGCAAAUUACGGUGUACCAAAAAGGAGAUAUUCAAACAGUAGAGUCAACACAAAAUUUAGCAGAGCAGACUGAAGUUGUAAUGCAGUCCGUGGAUGGUGCUGAGCAACCUGAGCUCGCAGCCAGUGAAGUGCCAGUGGCUGUGAAUGGAGCUCCGUCCUGUGCUGGGAUAGAGGAGGCAGAAGCACCCCAGCCUGGCCUCCUGCCCCCAGCACCUGGAGAGGCUGCUCCAGAUGGUCUUUCGAAGCCUGUGGUACAGUGUGAAACAACUGGAAGUUAUGUCAAGGUGCAGCUGCUGGAGAGCAUUUCCGGUAGCACCAUGUCUGUUAUAGAGGCUGAGCCAUCAGCUGUGGAAGCCAUGGACACACAAAGUCAAGCAGAGAUUAAGACAGAUCAAAACGAAAGUGGUAAAGCAAAUGUAGACACUGCUUCUGAAGACUCCUCGCAGACACUCAAGGAAGAACAUGGUGGGCAAAGUAAAGAACAGAGUAUUGCAGUUUCACAACCAGAAAGCCUGGCUUCCAGCCAAGAUGAUACUUACAAAAGCAAACUUCGUCAGCGUUCUGUUAGUGAAGGGGGAUAUAUCAGAUUGCAUAAAGGAAUUGAAAAAAAACUGCAAAAUAGAAAGACAACUCCUAAAUCUGCAAUACAGCAGGUUGCCAUGAAGCUGGUACAGAGAGGGAAAAAAAUGAAACAGCCAAAAAGAGAGACCGCAGAAAAUAAUGAAGUAGAAGCCCAGCACAGAUGCACUGAGUGUGGAAUGGUGUUCCAGCGGCGCUACGCACUUAUAAUGCACACACUGAAACAUGAAAGGUCUAAAGGCUAUAAAUGCCCGUUGUGUAAAAAAGAAUUCCAGUACGGAGCGUCCCUGCGAGCCCACCUGGUGCGGCACACGCGGAAGACUGAAGUGAGCGCUGGAGCUGCUGGUGCAGAAGAGACGGGCUCCUCCACUGUGAAAGGCAGAACCAAACGAGAGUUUGUGUGCGACAUCUGUGGCAGAACUCUACCCAAGCUCUAUUCACUCAGGAUACAUAUGCUCAAACACACAGGUGUAAAACCACACGCGUGCAAGGCUUGUGGAAAGACCUUUACCUAUAAGCAAGGAUUAAAAAUGCACUUAGCUCUCCAUGAAGUACAGAAACAGUUCAAAUGUGACUUGUGUGAGAAGUCUUUUGUCACAAAAAGAAGUCUUCAGGAGCACAUGAGCAUUCAUACAGGAGAAUCCAAGUACCUUUGCUCCAUCUGUGGAAAAUCUUUCCACAGGGCAUCAGGACUCAGUAAACACAUAAAGAAACACCAGCCAAAGCCCGAAGUUCGUGGAUAUCAGUGUACUCAGUGUGAAAAGAGUUUCUAUGAAGCUCGAGAUCUUCGUCAGCAUAUGAAUAAACAUUUAGGUGUGAAGCCAUUUCAAUGUCAGUACUGUGGGAAAUGUUACAGUUGGAAGAAAGACUGGUAUUCUCAUGUGAAGUCUCAUUCUGUCACAGACCCUUAUAGAUGUAAUAUAUGUGGUAAAGAAUUUUAUGAGAAAGCUUUAUACAGAAGACAUGUAAAGAAAGCCACACAUGGUAAAAAAGGAAGAGCAAAACAAAAUCUGGAGCGAGUUUGUGAGCAUUGUGGGAGAAAAUUCACACAACUCCGGGAAUACAGGAGACACAUGAACAAUCAUGAAGGUGUGAAACCAUUCGAGUGCCUGACAUGCGGGGUGGCCUGGGCUGACGCACGCUCCCUGAAACGCCAUGUGAGGACACACACCGGCGAGCGGCCCUAUGUCUGCCCCGUCUGCAACGAGGCCUACAUCGAUGCACGGACGCUGCGCAAGCACAUGACCAAGUUUCACAGGGACUACGUGCCCUGCAAAAUCAUGCUGGAGAAAGAUACUCUUCAGUUUCAUAACCAGGGGACGCAGGUGGAGCACGCCGUCAGCAUUUUGGCAGCGGACGUGCAGGAACAAGAAGCGGAGAUUAGCAUUGAUGGGGGCGAGAUUGAGACUGUGGUAGUGACAGGGGAGACACUCGAAGCUAUCGAAGCGGUCGCAACUGCUGAGGAAUGUACAUCGGUCUCUACUCUUUCUGACCAAAGCAUCAUGCAGGUGGUGAAUUACGUAUUGGCGCAACAGCAAGGACAGAAAAUGGCUGAAGUGACGCAGGCCGUUGAAACCGUAGAAGUGGAAGUGGCCCAUGUUACAAAGACAGAGCCAAUAUAGCAUAUGAGAGAGCAAGAAUAUUGAGGUCUUACAAUGUUAGAGAGCUAAGUAUUUAAGUGAAUAGCUGAGGCUUACAGCGAUGUCUGUUUUCAAACAGUUAAUCCCCAGUACUGAAUAUCUUGGUGACAAAAUACUGCACUGUGCGUUAUGGGGAAGAAGUUAAGAUGCUUCAGUGUGGGCCAGGGUUUUGAAAGCUUAAGAUUUCUGCACUGGCCGUAACUGUUAAAAAAAGUUGGGAUAAUAAUGUUUUCUGUGUCAUGGAGUAAGGAUCCCGCUGUAAGUUUUUAAAAAAUGAAAAGGAAAAAAAUAUAAACAGGCUGCACUAAAAAGCUAGAAAUGCACAGCUGUUGCUAGUGUUUUUUGGUUUAUUUCGUUCUUGUUUUCAAGUGCAUUUCAUCAAGUUUGUGAGCAAAUUAGCUGCAUUGCUGCCUGUUUACUCCCCCAGGGAAUGGUAAAAUGCUUUGUGCAGCAUGUGCUUCAUGCAACUUACAGAAAAUCUGAGGCUUUUUCCUUUGGGUAGAUGCACAGUCAGCAGUUAGCAAAUCCCAGUUGUGAAGAACUUAAUUAAAUUCCAGGGCAGCGUGUGGCAGGUCUGAGGUUCAGCAGAACAGGAUGCUGUACAAAGUUUUGCAGGUCGUGGGUGGGUUUCCACUGAAGCCCGAGGAAGUGGUUCUUUCUGAUGGAUCAUGAAUUUAAGUUGUCCAGAGGACAGACCACUGUAGGGAGACUGCUCAGAGAACUGCAUUUUAUUUGUAAGCGAGGAGCUUACCCUUCAGCUUCUGGGCACAAUCAUCUUUCAUUUAAUGAUGUUGAGUUGUGCAAAGGAAGCUGUUGCCUGCGUUGUUGCGCAUGUCCAAAGCAGGCAACUUAAUGAUGGGUGUUUCUAAUUCUGCAGCAUUACACUUGACGUAGAAACUCUCAGAUGAAAAAGGUCUAAUGACACACAUCUUUGGGAAUAGAAAUAGACUGGAGAGGUCCAGCUGACCUGAUCUUGUCUCUGUCGUGUUGAAAGGAGGAGCCCUGCCAAUUCCCAGAUGGGACACGCAGCAAUAUUGGAAUAGGGGACUAAGAAAAUCUUUGUACAGGGUAAAAAUUUGUCUCAAAAUUACCAUAAGACCUUAUUACUGCUGCUGUAAGAAAAUACUUCUACGGCAAGCUAUUUCCUGGUGUUACACCUCAUAGAUACUAAGUGUUCCUGCAAAUAGGCCUGAAUGGCGGCCAUGCUUGGCCCAUGCUUAAAUGUCUCUGAUUUAACAGCAGAGAAUGGUGCACAAGGUGUGGGUUCUUUCAUUCUUGGUUGGUUGGGUGGGGGUUUUUUAAUCCAGAAACAUGUCUGUAGGGGUAACUUGAACUUUCUAUGCACAUGAACAAUCAGAACUGUAUUAUUUAAAUUGUUGUCAGUCUCUAGUGGUACCAGAUGUUUCCCAACUUUGACAGCAGCAGGAUCUCCAAGGAGCCAAAAGCCUGUAAUAUCACAGUAUGGUAAACGUUGUAAAUAAAGUUAUGUGCAUAGAACUCUGUGCUACCUGUGAAACGGAUCACUGAACAAAACCUAAACAAGUCCUGUGACAAAGUAGGCACCUUAUUUGAAUUAGGUCUUCUACUUUUCAUCUUAGUUAACUGUCUACUAAGAUACAGAGCGAACUGUUCUUUUUGUACUUCGCAAGCACGUAGAUAAGCAGUUGUUGAAAAUUUUUUUUAAAGCAAUAUGUAAUUUGAGUUCCUGCCUUGGUUCUGGAUUAAUCUGUAGAUAAGUAUUUCAAUGGUCAAGGUCUUCCUGCAGAGAAGUAAUGUCGUUAUUUAUAUGUCCUUCAGCCCUUUACAAUUGUAUUCUUUUCUAAGUAAGGAGUAAAAGUAAAAUGAAUUCUUAAAAAAUAUACUGCUAGCUACAACUCUUCAAUUUUUCAAUGGUGAAGAAUAGGAGAUAACCAUCAUGCUUAAAAUUAAAGUACUGCCAUGGUGAUGGAAACAGAGUUAAAGGUGCACUAGAUAAACUUUAAAAUUUGCUUCAACAUUUGUAUCUCACAAAUAAUUAUGUAUUAGCAAAGUGAGGAAGUGUUUGGGGAAAAACAGCUGUAAAUAGUGCAAGAACAUUAUUUGUAUAUUUAGUGUGUUACCUUACGGAAAGACUAUGACCAGCACCUUAGUUGAAUCUUUGGUGCAUUUAUUUAUUUGCCCGACCUAUAGAAGAAGCAGAAGUGAAUCUGAAUUUUGGAGCCUUUUUAGCCACUGUAAAAAUGCUUUAACUGACUUGAAGGCCUGCCAUUUAAAAAGUCAACAAACAAACAAAACCAGAAGAGGUUGUUUCCUAAACAAGACUCAGCCAGGGAUGUCAAAGCUGAAUGUUGCGGCACCCCUUUCCUAGCGUGCUGUGCCUUACCUUUCCAGAACGGCAUGAGGUAAGUCGGGAGUGUCACUUGUGGCUUUGCUGUUCCCCUGUCUGUGAAGUUGCCUUACAUUUAGACUUCAGCUCUUCAUUUAAGAGGUUCCCUACCCUUCUGCCACCUGUUUGAAGUCAGACUGCAAAUACGCAGUUGAUAACUUCAUUUUCUAAAAAAAAAAGAGUCCCUGAGAAGUGUUCAUUUAUAAAGUAUUCCUAAUGAGUUCCUGUAUAUAAUGAGUUUCAUUUGUACAUUCUGCUGUUUCUAUUUAGUGCUGGAUGUAUAAAUUUAUGGUUAUUUCUGUCAUGAAAUAAACUGAGCUUUGCGAUGAA